GCUACCACACCUCCACGAACCCCCACAUCAUUUGAUCCUCUUCCAAGGCUUCCUCCUCCGAAGUAGGACUGUAGGAGCUGUAGUGUUGGCUCGGAAGGGACUACUGUUGGUGUUUCCUGCACUUAUUGAAAGAUGGCCGACUUGGAUCAAUCAUCUGAGGAUGUCUCUGUAGAUUCCAGAGAUGGGAACAGCCAGGAUAUCAAGGUGGAAUUCACAGAGGAUGAGGAGAGACUGAUUGCUAGGAUGUUUAGUUUGCUUGGAGAUAGGUGGUCUCUGAUUGCUGGAAGGAUUCCUGGAAGAACAGCUAAAGAGAUUGAGAAGUACUGGACCUCGAGAUACUCGAACAGUGAAUAAUGGUGGGCAGGCUAAGGGCGGUUCUUUCUUUACUACUUCAGAGGGCAAGCAAUUUUGGAUGGUGCCCCGCUUGUGUGUCUCAGAAAUUUCAGCUUGCAUUCAUGUCUGUGUAAAGUGGUUUUUGGGUCAUAUCUGGUGUUGUUGUUUAUUGUUGUUUUGGUUGCUAAGGGAGAAGGAAAUAUCUUGUCUCCAUGCUACUAUUUUGUACAACAAUCUUUCAUAUGUUGGUCUGGUCUGUAAUUGAGAAAUAAAUGGAGUGCUAUGGAUUUUCGCUGAA